GCUUCCUCAUCUCCAAGUGCGGCUUCCCCGUCUUCAAAGCCAAGACUGGCAAAGCCAAGCGGGUCCGGACCACCUUCACGAGCGACCAGCUGGCCCGGCUGGAGAAGGCGUUUGCGCGGCGGCAGUACAUGAUGGGCAAAGAGAGGUGCCUGCUCGCUUCUUCCCUGCACCUCACAGAAGAGCAGGUGAAAGUCUGGUUCCAAAACCGGAGGAUCAAGUGGAGGAAACAAACCCUGGAACAACAACAAGCCAAACUGGCCAAAAUGGGUUUAGCCACCUCGCAGAGGAGCCCCGAUUCGCAGAGCCACCACGGCGAGGAGGACAAGGACUUCCCGGCAGAGUCAGAGGAUGGCCAGGAGGACACGACCUCAGCACCUGCACAGACUGUGGCAAAGAGCUGCUGA